UGUGUGUCUAGCCCCCUGUUCGGCAUCUGCUGCUGCACGUUUUCUUUCCCUGGCAUCCCAAGCCGACCACCCAGGUGCUCACGGACCCUCUCCUUCAACGCCUCGUCAUUGCUCCAGAAGUCUCAUUCUGUUUGUUUGCCAACCCCGACCUGCCGCGGUAGGCGCAAUGUCCGCCCUACGGUUUUCAAGGAUGCGGCCCUCCCCGGGCCGUUGUAGAGCGUUGCAGCAGGUGCUCCACGGAAGCAUCAGCAGCAGCAGUCGGCGGCUUUUCAGCGUCCAGAGAGAUGGUACGCGAGUUGUCGGCGGAAAACCAGCCAACGGGCGCCAGCGGCAGCACCGACAACAGAAGCACCAGGACCGCGGUGGACCUCAAGACAGCAGCAGCAGCAGCUGGGGUCAAGAAGGAGCGAAGUUUGUCCGGCAAAUGGCGUGGUUCGUGUGCGCGUAUCAUUGCCUGCAGGAGUAUGUUGUAGAGUCCUGCUUGGUGCAUGGUCCGUCCAUGAGACCAACGAUCGAGCACAAUUCUUUGCUCCUUGUCAACAAGAUGGGCGGGCCCGGCAGGACGAUCGAGGCCGGACAGAUAGUGCUCGUGCAGUCACCCCACGAGAUCGGUAGGCUGGUGGUUAAGAGAGUCACGGGGCUCCCAGGAGAUUCGAUUUCGGUCCGCCCCCCCGAGUGGGACGUGCACAAUAGUCAAGGGAUCGAAAAGCGGUCAGAGGUGGUGCCGGAAGGUCACGUUUGGCUAGCGGGCGACAACGUGGACAACUCCAAAGACUCUCGGAACUUUGGUUCGGUACCGCAGGCCCUCGUGCUGGGGACGGUGUUGCUCCGCGUGUGGCCCACUAAGGACUUCGGUUUCAUCGACUAGAUGCCACACUCGCGGGGGGCGACCCUCUCUCUCCGGCUGCCGUGGGCUGCCAGCCACGAAAAUCCGUUGUCCUCGUUGUGUACAUGUAUGGCGCGUUUAUUGUGCGUGUGGCUAUGGAGGAAGGUCCUCUCUCCCACUGUGGCCAGCCAGCCACAAAAUGCCGUUUUGUUCGAUGUGUGUGUAUCUACCCGUUGACUCAAGGCGCGUUCGUUGUGUGUGUGGCUAUGGAGGAGAGCACAAGCUUCCUCCUUUGUUGGGUUAAGAGAAAAAGAUUGCACAAGUUAAAAGCCAACGCCUAUGUGUGUGUGUGCGUCGGCCGUGCGUCUUGUCUUGUCGAUACUCGUGGCUUCCUUUCGUCGUUCACGCGCAGCGUAGGGUUGACAGCAGCAGAGCACGAUCUCACAAUACUGGGCUUACUAUCUGGGUCAACGCAACGCGCGUGCACGGCAUACCCAAGACAGGCGAACGGUGUCAGAAAUCAUCCCAUCGGCUGUCUUGGAUUUUUUCCGCCGAGAAUAAUCGUCUCCCUAAUGAUUGGUUUUGCGGUAAGGCGGUCAACUCAUGUACUUUGACACAUUCGCGUAGGGGGGCACACUCUACUUGGACCUUUGGUUGCAACGAUCUCUUGAUAACACCCCGAGGGUAGCCCCGUCCUCAACUGAAGCCCUUCCUUUGUUCUUGUUUUGGUUCCCGACGUGUAUGUGG